AUUUAACCCAAUCAAUAUCCUCACUCUUCUUAUGCCUCGCCUGCAGUCGACACGUGACCCCAUGCCUUAGUAAAACCACCUGACUCAUAGUUAGAGCAUUUCCAUACCGCUACCUAGACAAUCUCAGUAUUGCGUAGAGCAAUAAUCUCCACGGCGGAGAACAUCUAGUAUACUUCAAACUGCUCGUGUACCUGGUCGAAAAUGCAGCACUACAAGUCCCAGACCCCGCAAUCCGAAGAGAGUCCAGUUGACGCGAUAACCAGCGACGUAUUCUCGAUAGACGAAGGUGAAUAUGCCGCCAAAACUUCUAGCCAAACAUCAGCGGAAGAUUGUUGAAGUUAUCAGUGAGACUAAUAGGUCCUCCAGUGGGUUACGAUCCGUUUAUGAUGGACUCGCCGUUUCUUUCUAGACUCACCUACCAUGACCAACAAAUCAACGGACAUCUUGCUUCUCCUAAUCCAAGAACUCAUACUUUAGAGCAACUCACAAACAGUCCUGAGUUCAAUACUACCAACUCGCAAGACAUUCCUCAAUCUGUCUACACAAUUUUAGAAGAGCAAGGAACCUCAGGCACUGUAGGGAAUAUUUAUGAUCAGCUAUUGCUUCAAAGUGAUGAAUUGAGUACCGGCUACGCUUCAACCAACCCACUAUCUCCGAGUCAUUUAUCAAAUGAGUCUUUCCUUGACUCACAAGCUUCUUUACUUAUGCCAAACGAAGCAAACAAAAGGUAUCCUGGCAGCAGACACAGUUGGCUUCGGCAAUCAAGGCCGGAAUCGACUGACCUACCUAGCUCAAAUGAGAGCCGUAGACUUCCACGAAGGAAAAGCCGGUAUUCUCUUCAAAGAACAGGAUCAAUCGUCGCACCUAGCUCCAUACCAAACCCAUUCUAUGCUCUUGAUCCUAUGCAACGAUGGCAAGAAUCACCCCCUGAUGAUGAGCCAGCAUCCAUGUCCGCAAUCAUGAAUAGCUUAAAAAGUCUUCAGCCAGAAAGUACACAAUGCGGAGGUUUCAACUUUGGAUAUCCGGUUCCUGUUCAGGGCAAUGGGCCAUUUAGCGGCUUUCGCCGACCAGCCUCAACCGCGAGCUCACAUAGCAGUGUCCCAAGCGUUUCUUCACAUCCCUCUACCACUUCAGCUAGAUCUGAGGCCUCAAAACGAUCGCACGACUCACUGGCAUCCUUGAACAAGCGAUCUGCCAGCCGAGUGUGCAAAGUCAAAGGCUCCAAACCCUCUCGGAGAUUUUGUUGCACGUUUUGUUGCGACCAGUUCCGAACUAAAUAUGACUGGGCCCGACACGAAAAGUCCAUUCACCUGAACCUCGAGAGUUGGACAUGUGCACCUCAUGGGGCAUCUGUGGUCUCUCCAAUUACGGGACGGAAACACUGCGCAUACUGUAACAUGCUAGAUCCACGCAUAGGACACCUUGACGAACACAAUUAUCAAGCAUGCUUGAGUGGUUCCCGCAACUUUCGCCGCAAGGACCACCUAGUACAGCAUCUACGACUCACACACCGCCUGGACACUAUGCCUCUUAUUGAUGAUUGGAAAACACCGGCUCCGGAAGUGACAUCACGGUGUGGGUUCUGUGACAGAAGGCUGUCAUCCUGGGAGGAGCGUGUCGAACACAUAGCUAGUCAUUUUCGCAAAGGAUCGACCAUGGAUGACUGGCGAGGUGAGCAUGACUUUCCACCCGAAAUCACUAAGCAGGUCACCAAGGCUUUGCCACCAUAUUAUAUCGGCCAUAAUUCUCGCUGCCUUAUUCCUUUCUCGGCAACCAACGCUCAUGCAAAAGACCAGCUGGAGCAGAUCGCAUCGCGAAUGGUACGAAAUACCAUAACUGAAAACAUUUCGCCAAAUGCAGUAACACAGGGUUCGGCUUCAGUUCAGACUUUUGAUAAUAAUUCAUUAGGCUCAAUAUUCGAAGUUCUGGCGGCACAUCUAGGUCGCUACACACGGCAGAAGUUGCAGGAAGGGGUCAUCCCUACAGAUGAGAUGCUUCAGCAGGAAUCAAGGCGCUUGGUCUACGAUUCUGAAGACCCAUGGGAUCAGACCAUUUUCGAUCAUCCGGAGUGGCUUGCAGCAUUUCGCCGUCAACAUAUUGAGCAGCGAAAAAACAAUUCGGAGGACGCGAAACCAGCUUUGUCCAAGUUCGAUAGCCUUUCAUUAGGUCAAGCAUUACGCAUGGAUAACGUUGGAACAUGAAAGCGCAGGUUUG